AUGAGCUUGAUGUCUGCCAUAGACACCAGCGCCUCCGUUUAUCAACCAGCCCAGCUUUUGAACUGGGUUUAUCUUUCCUUACAAGAAACUCACAACACCAGCGCUUUCGAGGCGUUUAGACCCGAGUCCAACUCGUCCCAGUCGGAUCUGAAUUACAACAAGUCAACCGCUGCCGAUGUGAAUUCGCCACUCAACUCCAACUAUCUCAACAACUUUUUGCAGCAGCAAAGGAAUGAGGCCCUGACUAAUGGCUUGUAUAAAGGUUCCCCUCCUUAUGGAUCCCUCAACAACAUAGUGGAGGGGUUAAACUCUCUAACAGACCACUUCUCUGACCUGUCGCUGUCAUCUGAGCCACGCAAGCCCAGCAAGAGACCCCCACCCAACUAUCUGUGUCACCUCUGCUUUAACAAAGGACACUACAUUAAAGACUGCCCUCAGGCUCGGCCUAAAGGAGAGGGGCUGACACCUUACCAGGGGAAGAAAAGGUGCUUUGGAGAAUACAAAUGUCCCAAAUGCAAGAGAAAAUGGAUGAGUGGCAACUCGUGGGCGAAUAUGGGACAGGAAUGCAUCAAAUGCCACAUCAACGUUUACCCCCACAAACAGAGGCCUUUGGAAAAACCGGACGGGCUGGACGUUUCGGACCAGAGUAAGGAGCAUCCGCAGCAUCUGUGUGAGAAAUGCAAGGUCCUGGGAUAUUACUGCAGGAGAGUGCAGUGA